GAUGAUGAUGAUGAUGAUGAUGAUGAUGACAACGAUGACAAUGACGAUAACAACGAUAACGACGAUAACGAAGAAGGAGAGGAGGGCCACCACAAGAAGCACGGUCUCCAUCUCAAGUACGUCGAACACGAGCACGAUGUUGAGGUUACCUUCUGGGCUGACCGCUAUGUUCGUGAUGGUAAGCACCAUCACAAGCAUCAUCGGAAGCAUCACCGCAAGCACCCUAAACACGAUGACGAAGACGAAAACAAGGAAGCCCGCGACUACAUGUACCGUUCCCACCACCGCAAGCACCAUUACAAGCGCUUCUGUGCUCUCAUCGAUGUCGAACUUGUACUGCCAGCCAGUCAAGAUGACCACUACAAUCUUACGAUCAAUGGUGUUGUCCUGACCACCAAGGUCGACGACGUUGAGGGCGUCUCCUUUAACAAGCUUAUCCUCCGCUCUGUCGUCGGUGAGGUUAAGACAGGUGCUGUCCGAGCCAAUGUUUUGGUCGCUGAGGUCGUUACCGGUGGUGCUUCGGUCGGCUCGCUUCAGGCUGCUUUGGAGGGUAUCCCACUGUUUGCCAAGGUCAGUGCUGCGGUCGGAAACGUCCACUUGCACGCGAAGACCACCGCUGUUGUUGUCCAUGAUGGUGAUCACGAUGAUAACGACGACAACGACGACGACAACGAUGAAGACAACGAUGAAGACUUUAAGGAUAUUGGUGGGGUGGGGCAUCCAAGAACCCACCAUCUGAUCCUCCUCCAUUCGCAUGCUGGCUCGAUCGAUCUGCAUGUCACCGAGGCCUCUGACGACGGCGACGACGACGACGACAAAGAUGGCAAGUGCAGCACCAUUCCCGGAAUGCUGGCUGUUCGUGCCCGUUCCUCAACCGGCCAUGUCCACACCUCCAUUGACUUGGUUAACGGUCGCAAGUUGAGUCUUAGGUCGAGCAGCACCAACGGCAAGGCCACUGCCAAGGUCUCGGACAAGUUCUUGGGUGAGUUCGCGGUUGGUUCGUUGCUGAGAAAGGCCGAAGUGGUUGAAGCCGAGGACAGCAAGAGUGUGAUCGAGUACGGGAAGUUCACGGUCCACUCGAAGCACGGCCGAAAGUUUAUCCGCCACGACGACGACGACGACGACGAUGAUGAUGAUGAUGAUGAGGAGGAGGACGAGGAUAAGGCGGCCAAGCAUGUCUACGGCAAGAUCUUCUUGGGCAGUGCCCUUAGCGAGAGCAAGCUCGAAUUCUUCUAAGCGUAUCUAGGCUGCACGUACACAGUUGUCUCGUCUAUGAUGGAAGUGGAGUGGUUUGUGCUCAUUUGUACAGGCGAAUGAGGCCAUUCCGCAGUCCCAUGCAACUGUUUCUUAUAGCGGACAUACAAAAAAAAUUUAAAUAAAACAAAAACAUAAAAGCAC